UUCAUCACAGGAAGAAGGAAAAGAUGGCACGUACCAAGCAGACCGCCCGUAAGUCCACUGGAGGCAAGGCCCCCAGGAAGCAGCUGGCCACCAAGGCCGCUCGCAAGAGCGCCCCGGCCACCGGAGGUGUCAAGAAGCCUCACCGUUACAGGCCCGGCACCGUGGCUCUCAGGGAGAUCCGUCGUUACCAGAAGUCCACUGAGCUGCUCAUCCGCAAGCUGCCCUUCCAGCGCCUGGUCAGGGAAAUCGCCCAGGACUUCAAGACCGACCUUCGCUUCCAGAGCUCUGCUGUCAUGGCUCUGCAGGAGGCUAGCGAGGCCUACCUGGUCGGUCUCUUCGAGGACACCAACCUGUGCGCCAUCCACGCCAAGCGUGUCACCAUCAUGCCCAAGGACAUCCAGCUGGCCCGCCGUAUCCGUGGCGAGCUGCCGUACAUCAAGGAGUGCCUCCGCUCAAGACUGAAGCUAGACUUUGUACGCCUCGAAAAACGGGCACGUACCAAGCAGACCGCCCGUAAGUCCACUGGAGGCAAGGCCCCCAGGAAGCAGCUGGCCACCAAGGCCGCUCGCAAGAGCGCCCCGGCCACCGGAGGUGUCAAGAAGCCUCACCGUUACAGGCCCGGCACCGUGGCUCUCAGGGAGAUCCGUCGUUACCAGAAGUCCACUGAGCUGCUCAUCCGCAAGCUGCCCUUCCAGCGCCUGGUCAGGGAAAUCGCCCAGGACUUCAAGACCGACCUUCGCUUCCAGAGCUCUGCUGUCAUGGCUCUGCAGGAGGCUAGCGAGGCCUACCUGGUCGGUCUCUUCGAGGACACCAACCUGUGCGCCAUCCACGCCAAGCGUGUCACCAUCAUGCCCAAGGACAUCCAGCUGGCCCGCCGUAUCCGUGGCGAGCGUGCUUAGAUCGUAAGCCGAGACGUGAAACCCGGCCCUUUUCAGGGCCACCCACUCCUUCCAGAAAGAGCUGUUUAUAUAUCACAACAGUAUGUAUCAUAUUAUUAAUACAUGUCUCGCACAAAACUACUAUAGAUACACUUGCCCUAUGAUUAUCCACGUGACAAGUAAGAUUAAAGCACAUCUGCAGUGAAACAUCACUAGCUAAACACAGGACUAUUGAAUUAGGAUACCCAAAAGCAUAAAUUUUGUCAGACGUAUCAAAGUACAUGUAUCUACUUAGAGGCUGUUGCGUUAAACGCUGGUGGUUUUAAUGUAUUGAAUUCAAUCAUUGCCAUGGCAAUGAUAGCCCCGGCCCCGCAGACUAUGCUAA